AUGACCCCGGAUAAUGCCCCCGGCCCCAGUCGCUUGCCUCCUCGCCCGCCUCCCCCUCCCGCACCGACGGAGGAUGGCUGCAGCAACAGUCUAGCAGACGUGGACGCGUCCCCGCCCGCGGAGGAGCUGCUGAACCCCGCGGACGGCGGCGCAAGUCCCGACCGCCUGGAGGCGUGUUGUCGACGAGAUCGAGCGGAGGCGCGAUCCCCCCAGAGUCCCAUUGGCCAUCGAUCGUCUGCCUCUCCCCCGCCCAGCCGCCGUGAAUCCCUGUCAGUCGUACGCCCCCUUCCUCCCCCAGAGUCCGCCCACCAUGCUCCUCCUCCUCGCUGUCCUCCCCCAUCUCCCCUUCCUACUUCUGGCCCCGCUGCUAUCCCUCUUUCUCCCCCGGGCACCACAACCCCCUCUAGACCGAUCCCUCUAUCCGGCCUAGAUCCUGACCACUCGACGUCUCAACAGUCUCGACCUCCUCGCGCUCACGACGAGUCCAACAUGUCCUUGCUCCAUCAAUUGCCCCUUCUCCUCCACUGUCCACUCUGCAAACCCUCCCGCAUCCUUGUUUCCCCCAUCACACUCCGCUGUGGACACACCAUCUGCGCCGAACACGUCCUCCCACCGUCGCUCUCAUCCUCCAGCCUCCCUUCGUCUUCCCAUACUCGUUUCUCCCCCGCACCCGCAUCCGCACCCGCACCCGCACCCGCAACCGCAACCACUUCCUCCGACUUGCGCCCGCUAUCUGUUUCGCGAUGUCCUAUUCCCACCUGUAAUUCUGCUCCCCCCGUAUCUGCCUUCACAUCCGCCGUACUCCACCCCGCAUCCACUGUCACAUAUCUCCCUGCUCCUGCCACCCCAUCCUCCGGUUCCCAGACGGGCACCCCUCUCCCAUCGCCUACAUGCGUCGAUGUGACGGCAAAUAAAAUCAUCACUCUCGUCCAAGACGCACAGGCAUGGUUCACCAACGACCGUGAUCGCGAGCACGCCCGCGUCCCCGCGUACGCCGCGGAGUCGGACGAGGAGACCGACUCCGAGACCGACGGCGAUGUGGACGGCGUUCCUGCGCCCUCCGCCGAAGACCUCACGGAAGGUCUCUAUCUCGAUUCGGGUGCGGUCACGGCUCCAGAUUCCGGCAACAUCGACGCCUCACUUAGCCAUAAUCGCUACUCUACUAAUCCAGCCUCUCCGAACACACGCCAGCGUCAGCGCUCUCCCUCACCGCAUCCGCGCCCGCGCAAACGCCGCCGACGCCUGCAUCCUCGCCCACGUUCUCGCCGUGAUCCUCCUGCCAUCGUGCGCGAGAAUGAGCGUCGAGACCCACAGUCGCGCUUUGAGAAAGAACUACGAACAGAGUUGACUUGCGAGAUUUGCUUUGGACUGCUUUUACAGCCAACAACAACACCGUGCCAGCAUGUGAGUUCUCAUCAUCAGUCUCUUCCGUAA